AUAUAUUUUUUUUUCGAAAUGGGUUAGAGCUUUCUAAUAUUAUUUGUCCGUUUGGAGCUUACAUUUCUAAAGAAAAUUCUCUUUAAACGAUUAAAUCUGUAGCAGAAGCGGAAGCAAAAAACACAUCUGUUUUAUCUUCUUUCAACAGAACAAGAGUUAAAUAUCACAUCCGUAAAGACUCCCGCUUCUGUACUCAUGGUUCUAGCUUAGCUCUCUACCAAGUGUCUAAACUGGAACAGAUUUUCUUUACCAGAACUGGGCAAUGGCAGCUGGGAAGCCCAGCUCCAAGGGGCAAGCUUGGUUUUGCACUACUGGGUUGCCGAGUGACAUUGUAAUUGAGGUGGAAGAUAUGAGCUUUCAUCUCCACAAGUUUCCUUUGAUGUCAAAAAGUCGAAAGCUUCACCAACUAAUAACUGAGCAAGAGACAAAACAAACAUCCACGGCAGGAAUAGGAGAAGCAGAAGGGGAAGAGCGUGUACCUGGAGGAGAUGAAAUCGAGGAAGUACACAGUCAGAUUUCGCUUCCGAAUUUCCCGGGCGGCUCUGAAACUUUUGAGAUGGCCGCGAAGUUCUGCUAUGGCGUUAAGGUCGACCUCAAUUCUUCCACCGUUGCCCCGCUUCGCUGCGCUGGAGAGUUUCUUGAGAUGACGGAAGAGUAUUCUGAAGACAAUUUGAUUUCCAAGACAGAGCGUUUUCUUUCUCAAUAUGUGCUCAAGAGUCUCAAGGGGUCUAUAAAAGCAUUAAAAUCAUGCGAGAAAGUAAUGCCUCUUGCAGAGACCUUAGGCAUUGUGCAGCGGUGCAUCGAUUCCUUUGCUUCCAGAGCUUCCUCCGCUGAUCCUGCUUCUUUUGGUUGGCCGGUUAGUGAUGAAGCUAAUGACAAUAGAGCCACAUCCAAUCAGGCCUUAUGGAAUGGGAUUGAAUCAGCGGUGGGUAGAAAGGGAGCCGUCUCUGCCUCCAUCGCUGCCACCUCUGUUGGUAGAGGUACAAAUGCUGACUCAUGGCUUGAACCAUUGUCGCUUUUGAGCUUGCCUUUGUUUCAGCAAUUGAUUCUUGCCAUGAGAGCGCGAGAUCCUAGCCCAGAUAUCAUAGAGAGCUGCUUAAUUUACUAUGCGAAGAAGUAUAUUCCAGGCAUAUCGAGAUUGAACCGGAAGCCAUUUUCGUCUUCAUCUAUAGCCUCAGAGAGCGAGCAUAGAGAGAUAUUAGAGACCAUAAUUUCAAAUCUUCCACGGGAGAGAAGCUCCAAAUCUUCCACGACAACAAGGUUUCUUUUCGGCUUGUUAAGAACUGCGAACAUAUUAAACGCAUCCGAAUCGUGUCGUUCCGCAUUGGAAAAGAAGAUUGGUUCACAACUGGAGCAUGCUACUCUUGAUGAGCUAUUGAUUCCUAGCUAUUCAAAACUUGACGAGAAUUUAUACGAUGUAGAUUGCUUGGAGAGAAUCUUAAUCUACUGCCUGGAUGGACUGGAAGAAAGAAAUGCAUCUGGAAUUGAAGCGGAGGAGGAUGGUGAUCACAAUGUGAUAUCGUCGUGUUUGAUACUCGUCGGAAAAUUAAUCGAUGGUUAUCUGGCUGAAAUUGCUUCAGAUGCGAACCUGAAACCUGAUAGAUUCUACAAUCUGGCAAUCGUUUUACCGGAGCAAGCUAGGCUUUUCCACGACGGUCUCUACAGAGCCGUCGACAUCUAUAUCAAGGCGCAUCCAUGGAUAUCACAGGCAGAGAAGGAGAAGAUAUGUAGAGUGAUGGACUGCCAAAAGCUAACAUUGGAGGCAUGCACGCACGCUGCACAAAACGAGCGGCUUCCGCUGCGGGCGGUAGUUCAAGUUUUGUUUUUCGAACAAUUACAACUCCGACACGCAAUCGCCGGAAAAUUAAUCGCGGCAAAUGCAACGCCGCAGAAUUCUGCGAGACCGUCGGUUCUAAGACGGGAACAAGAAGGGGUAGAGGAGGGAACAAUACCGGCAGUGGCAGCAGGAGCAGGGGAGGCAGAGGAAAGCAGAAGUCCUUGGAGGACAGCAGUGAGGGCGAAUCAGGUGCUGCGACUAGAUAUGGAUAGUAUGAGGACGCGGGUGCAUCAACUGGAAAAGGAAUGUUCGACAAUGAAGAAAGUGAUCCAGAAAAUUGAUAAAGAGGGCCCACGUGGAUGGGGAAGUUCCCUGACGAGGAGAUUCGGGUGCAAGAUAAAGACUCAAGUGUGUGAUUCUCAUGGACAGACGGUGGUAAAUGGGAGAAAAGGAAGAGACCAUGAUCACCAACAAUAAGGCUUCCGCAGAUGAAAAUGACAUGUCUUUAAUUUUUUGUCGUCUCGUGUGAGUUGACCAGUUUACACCGUGUGGUUGUGUGCACUUGAUUAGUUACGUGCAAAUUAGGAUAUAAUCGAGUAGGUUACCCGCAAAAAUUAAGCUACUGGAAUCCGAAUUCGAAUUGGAUUUAGUAAUAUCUGAAUCCGUUUUAAAUUUAAUUAAAAAUUAAUUUAAAUUAUCUGAAUUCGUCCCAAA